AUGCACGCUCAGGAGUUCCGGCAAAACAGACCGAGCGUGCGCUGCGAGGGUCUCCACGGCGGAGGCAGGGCUGGCGCGUGCGUGGUGCCAGGAGCCAGUGCACGCAGCGCGCGGAUUGGCUCCCUGCGCCAGCAUCACAAGCUUAGAAGAGCCGCCGUAGAUUGGUGUGCUUUGUGUGUCUGUUUGACAAACUCGCCGUGGUCUGCAGCGCAGAGGAUUGCAUCUACCGGAUUAGGAGUGACGAUUUACACAGGCAAGAAGCGGGUUGUAGCUGCGGUUGCCCAAGUGGCUGCUAUCAAAUGGGGAGCUCCUCGCCUCGCCCCCCUGCGACUCACCGGACGCAGUCCAAACGCGACUGGUGAUUUGUGUAAAAUGCUUGCGUGUGUCGUGCAGCGCUGCUAG